UUCGUUUUGUGCAUAAUAGUGGAAUCCAAAAAAGUAAAUAAUGGCAGCGAACGCAGCAAAGGCACUGCGACUUGGACCCCGUUUGAAAGAAUUAAGAAUACACUUGUGCCAAAAAACAUCAGCGAGUCAGGGUGUUCGAGAGUUUAUUGAAACCGAGUAUGUACCAAUCAAGCAAAAUAACCCAAACUUUCCAAUUCUAAUAAGAGAAUGCAGAGGUAUUCAACCCAGAGUUUGGGCUAGAUAUGAAUUGGGACAAGAAAGCAGUUCAUCUCUCAGUAACCUGAGCAAAGACGAAGUAAUGACCGUUGUCACUAAAAUUGCAACAGCUUAACCAGUAGAUUAUGAAAUAUGUCUAUAUCCAUUUUAUUAGAUAAAUAAACUCUUGUGUUGGUCAUUGAA